UUUUUAGUACGUGUUCCGAUGUCGAGUAAUUCGGUUGCGUGACGCUCGCAGCAACAACAAGCCAUCAAUACAACAACAACAGCAACAACAGCAGCAGAAGCAGCAGCAAACACAACAAGCUACAUUUUAAAUAACAAAACAGCCACAAACCAAAUACUGCAUCCAACACAAUACGAAAUAAACAACAUAACAUCUAAUGCCAGCAACCAAAUUUUUUUGAAAGUGCAAUCUGUGUUUGUUCCUAGAAUUCAUGAAGUCUAUAAUUUAAGUUCGAAGAAACCAUGCCGAAAAAUCGCAAAAUAAAAUCCUUAAAAUAUCUACGAAAAAUCUAAAAAAAAAAUAAUUAAAAAAUCACUAAAAAUUGCGCAAUAAAUCUGAAAGUAACAAAAAAAAUUAAUUACUUUUUUUUGUUAUUGUGUGUGCCUGUGUUGUUAAAUGGUGUGCGUGUUGGCCAACUUCCUGUGCAACCGGUCUGCAAAAGAGAAGUAUCCAGCCCAUUCAUUCAGCAUCCGACGCAAGUUGCACCUGCAGCAAAAAAAAACAACAACAAAAAAUACGCAACACAACUAAAAAAAAUAGUAAAGAGGAGCGUUUUCUAGACGUAGAAGUUGGCGACAUAAACCCGUUUCUUGAGUGAAGGAAACAGCAGCGCCUCCAAGGCCAAACACAAUAUCCACUUAAAAAAAAAAUAAAUAAAAAAAAAAAUAAAAAAAAAAUACAAAAAACACGUCGCAGGACCGCGAAAAACAAAAAAGGCUGAGAAAAAAACACAGCAGCGAGCAACUUUCCACAUUUUUCCUGGGCAUUUUCCUUUAUGCUGAGUUAACAAUUUGGCGCUGAAAAUGAAGAGAAUGCGCAGCAGUCGCCUUCUGGUGCUGCCACUGAUCCUUGUGCUGAUCCUGACGCUGCUCCUCCAACCGAUUGCCGUCCACGCCAAGUCAAAGAAGAAUAAGUCCAGCCAGAGCUCGCACCAUGGUGACUCCUCAUCCUCCUCCUCAUCAUCAUCCUCAUCCUCCUCCUCGUCAAGUGCCUCCGCAGCGGCAGCGGCGGAUGAGAGCAAAUCGAAGGGCGCAGACAAUGGGGGUCAGCACUUUGCCAUGGAGCCGCAGGACCAGACGGCCGUCGUCGGCUCCCGUGUGACGUUGCCCUGCCGGGUGAUGGAGAAGGUGGGUGCGCUGCAGUGGACGAAGGACGACUUCGGACUGGGCCAGCAUCGCAAUCUCAGUGGCUUCGAGCGCUACUCCAUGGUGGGCAGCGAUGAGGAGGGCGACUUCUCACUGGACAUCUAUCCCCUGAUGCUGGACGACGACGCCAAGUACCAGUGCCAAGUGGGUCCCGGUCCGCAGGGCGAGCAGGGCAUUCGUUCCCGAUUCGCAAAGCUAACGGUGCUCGUGCCGCCGGAGGCACCGAAAAUCACCCAAGGCGACUACCUGGUGACCACCGAGGAUCGUGAGAUCGAACUGGAGUGCGUGUCGCAGGGUGGCAAGCCCGCCGCCGAAAUCACCUGGAUCGAUGGCCUGGGCAAUGUGCUCACCAAGGGCAUCGAGUAUGUCAAGGAACCGCUGGCCGAUUCGCGUCGCAUCACGGCCAGAUCCAUACUGAAACUGGCGCCCAAGAAGGAGCAUCACAACACAACGUUCACGUGCCAGGCGCAAAACACCGCCGAUCGCACUUACAGAUCGGCGAAACUGCUGCUCGAGGUGAAGUAUGCGCCCAAGGUCAGCGUUUCGGUGGUGGGCGGUGCACUGGCGGGUGGCAAAAUUCCCGAGGGCGCCGAGGUGAUCCUCAGCUGCCAGGCGGACGCCAAUCCGCAUGAGCUCAGCUAUCGCUGGUUCAUCAACGACGAGCUCAUGACCGGCGACUUUACCACCAAAAUGAUCAUUCACAAUGUUUCGCGGCAGUAUCACGAUGCAAGUGUCAAGUGCGAGGUGGUCAAUGCGGUGGGCAAGAGCGAGCAGAGCAAGAAGCUGGACAUAAGCUUUGGCCCAGUUUUCCGCCAGCGUCCCGUCAGCGUGGAGGCCGAUCUGGGCGCCACUGUGAGCAUGCGCUGCGAUGUGGCCGGCAAUCCGGAGCCCGAAAUCGAGUGGAUCAGCGAGAACUCCGACCAGGUGGUUGGCGUGGCAGCGGAACUGAAGCUGAAGGUGAGCAGCGAGACGGCGGGUCGCUACUUCUGCAAGGCGGUGGUCAAUGGGUUUCCGGAAAUCGGAGCCGAGGCAACGCUGUACGUGAAGCGAGCACCGAUCAUCACCUCGCACAAGGUGCAGUUUGGCGGAGUUGGCGGUCGCGUGAAGAUCGAUUGUCUGGCGUUCAGCAUACCGAAGGCGGAACACAUACUGUGGUCCUUCGAGGGCAAGAUCAUCAACAUGAGCAGCGCCGAUCCGGAUAUCUACAUCUUCGAGGAGCAUCAUUUGCCGGAGGGCGUGCGUGCCGCGCUGAUAAUACGCGAUAGCAAGGCGACGCACUUUGGCAAGUACAAUUGCACGGUGAUGAAUUCGUAUGGCGGUGAUUCGCUGGUCAUAACACUGCUGCGCGAACCGGGCAACAUACCCGUGCUCCUGGUCGUCAUGGGCUCCAUGUUCUGCGUGGCCAUCAUCCUGAUGAUCGUGAUGAUCAUCAUUGUGUACCGCAAGCGGCGCAGCCGCAAGAAGCCAAUGCCAGCGGACGUGAUACCGGAGGCGUCGCGCGGCGGUGAUAAACUCAACGAACUGAAGAGCGAGCUGCGUGCGAAGGCCUAUGACGUGGAGUAUUCGGAGGCGGGCGGCGAUGGCCUGGCCAUCAAUCUCACCCAAUCCCCGAUGCCCGAUGUCCAGAUAAAGGGCGCCACACUGGGUGUGCCACUUGCGGGCCCGGUGAAAUUCGAUGAGCGCUUUGCGGGCGACUUUGGCGGCGAUCGCUACAAUCGCCAGUGUCACAUCAAGAAUCUGAAGAACCAGCAGGAGCCAACCGCCUACAAGGGCAGUCCACAGACGCAGGCCAAUGGCUAUGCCCACUACUUUGAGUACGCCCUGGACUACAGUCCGCCGGGCGAGGGCGCUGGCGUGGUUGUGAGCGGCGGUGGUGGCGGUGGUGGCGGUGGUGGCUGUGGUGGUGGCAAGCUUAAGAACGGUGGCAUGAACUCGGCCACGCUGCCGCACUCGGCGGCCACCGUGAAUGGGGGCGGUGCUGGCACUGGGGGUGGGGCAAGUCUGCCGCGCAACCAGCGACACGAGAUUCAACAAUCGCAGCAGACAAACGGAUUUCUCGGACAACCGCUGCUGCAGAACGGCAUCGACAGCCGCUUCAGCGCCAUCUACGGUAAUCCCUACCUAAGGACGAACUCCUCGCUGCUGCCACCGCUGCCGCCGCCGAGCACCGCCAAUCCGGCGGCCACACCCGCCCCGCCCCCCUAUCAUGCCGCCCGCCACGGCCACGCCCACCACGCCAAUGGCGGACUCAAGCAUUUUGUGGGCGGUGCCGUGAUCACCACAAGUCCCGUUGCCAAUGUGAACAGCAAUAGCGGCGUGGGCGUGGGCGGUAGCUCGACGCCCAUCGGCGUUGGGGGCGUGGCAGCGGGAGGUGGCAGCGUCAGCGGCAGCAGUUCGAACUUGACCGCCAGCAGCAACACACUGGCGGCCACGCCCCUCGGCGGCGGCAACGGCGGCCAGUGCGCCCAGAGUCCGUCCGGCCAGUUCAUACUGUCCAACAAUGGCAAAGGACACACGCAGAAAGGACCUCUGGCCACUCACGUCUAAGCUCGCACAGGGAGAAGGAUAUAUACAGAUAUAUAUAUAGAGAUAUAUAUAUGUGGAAGGCACUAGCAUAACUCGUAAAUGUAUUGAAAAGCAGAACUUCUAGUGUGUAAACUUUUUUUUGUCCAUCGAUAUUAGCGUAAUUCCGGUUCCGGUUCAAGUGGUGUGGACCACUUUUCGCAAAGGUCUUGUGUGGCAUCAACUAACUUCGAUAUAUAUAGAUAUAUUAAUGUCUUGGCUGAAAUGUAACUUCAUUCGUUUGUAAAUUUUUGUAUCGUACAGACCCCAAGAUGAAAGAGUUCAAUACCCUUGAGUAAAAAACUUAACCAUGCAAAUAUGUGUAAACAAAAAAAAAAGAAAACAGAAAACAAGAAGAAAACAAAAACCGUAUUGUGAUUUAUAGCGUUAAUUAUUUUAUGGCUGAGACUCGAUGAGUUUCGGCAAAUGGCAAAUUAUAUAAACUAGUGCAAAUCUUAAGCUACUUAUCGAGUAAAAAAAACGUAUAUCAAUUAAACACGAAACGUAUCGAACAGAAAUGAAACAAAAAGAAAAACAAAAACAGAAGCAUAUACAUAACAUAUACAUAAACAUAAACCAACUACAAAACUUCAAAAGUUCAUUUUAAAAAAAGAGCGAGUUGCAUACAAUUUUAAAGAAAACCGAAAAUCAAUUCACUUAUAUAAAUUAUAAAAAAGAAAAAAGCCUGUAGUUAGUUUGAAGUAAAAAGAUGAAAAGCUAACAUAAAAAUGAGAAAUGAGAAGAGUAAAUGCAAAUGCAGCAAGCAAAAACAAUUUUCUAAGCCAAAAUUUAUCAAAUUUUUAGACUUAAUUACGUUUACGUAUAUACAAAACGAAACGAAACAAAAUGAAUGCAGUGAGAGAAACGUUUAGAGUAAGAGUGCUGCGUUUGACCUGUGACCCGGUCAAGAAGAGCCAAAAGCUAAAUAUCAAAAAAAAUCCGCCAUUACUUUGCACCAACACUCACAUUGAAUCUGAAAUUAAAUCUAUAUUUUUAAGGGCAUGCUACAGUAUUAUGACAAUUUUAAAAACAAAAUCCCAAGCCGCAAAUAGCUGAAAAAUAUGUCCAAAUAUUGGUGAUCGCAGUGAAUAGAAUAAAACUAGAACCACCAACUCAGUUCCCACUUUUUAACUUGAUCGGGUUUUCAGGAACAGGACAUCCAUGUGAAAACUUGAAUAUUUUUUUUUGUCUAGCCGUAAGCGAGUAAAUGAUAUUUGAACUUAAAUCAAUUAUGUAAAGAAGCAAAUGAAUUAUUGUAUAUCGUAUAUAUAUAAAUAUAUAUAGAGCAUAAAUGUGUAUGUCAACGCUUAAAUUAAAUGACUAGCUAAGAA